AUGUCCUUCACUGAUUUCUCUAAGGUUGAAACUCUAAAAGAAUUGAACACCUUUUUGGCUGACAAGUCAUACAUUGAAGGUACUUCUGCCUCUCAAGCUGACGUUACUGUCUACAGGGCUUUCCAACAGGCUUAUCCAGACUUCGCCAGAUGGUUCAACCACCUUGGUGCCAGAAGUGAAGAGUUCUCUUCUUUCCCAGCUGCUUCUGCUCCAGCUGCUGCUGCCGCUGAGGAGGACGACGAUGAGGUUGACCUUUUCGGUUCCGACGAGGAAGAAGACGCAGAGGCUGAAAAAGUGAAGGCUCAAAGAGUUGCUGAAUACCAAGCUAGAAAGGCUAACAAGCCAGCUAAGCCAGCUGCUAAGUCCAUCAUCACUUUGGAUGUCAAGCCAUGGGAUGACGAAACCGACUUGGAGCAAAUGCUUGCCAACGUCAAGGCCGUUGAGAUGGAAGGUUUGCAAUGGGGUGCUCACAAAUUCAUCCCAAUCGGUUUCGGUAUCAAGAAGUUGCAAAUCAACUGUGUCGUUGAGGACGACAAGGUCUCUAUGGAUGAUCUACAACAGGCUAUUGAAGACGAUGAAGACCACGUUCAAUCUACCGAUGUUGCCGCUAUGCAAAAGUUGUAA